AAUCAUUCGCAAUCCUCGUAUCAGUGUUGCAAUGCGUAUCGAAGAGGGAUUCCAGCCGGUUCCUUUCGAGGAAGGAAAUCCAUACGCCACCGACCCGGCCCUACCUUCGCUUUUGAAGCGCAUCCUUCCCCGUGAUGUGUUCAGGGAUGUUGACGAAGACCUGGAACGCUUCGGCGGAGAAGUGCUGACAACUUUACGAGAGACGAGCAAGCUCUCCACUCCACCCCAGCUCAUCCAGUAUGACAAUUGGGGCAGGCGCGUUGACGAGCUCCGGACUUCGGAAGGAUGGCGUCGCAUGAAAGACAUCUUUCAUCGCGAAGGGCUUGUUUCGAUCGCGUACGAAAGGAAGUAUGGUGAACACAGCAGGCCAUACGGCUUUGCCAAGCUCUUCCUUGCCACCGCCGACUCCGAUGUUACAGACUGUCCAAUGAGCAUGACAGAUGGCGUCGCCCGAGUGAUUGAGCUUAUCGGGUCUGAGACCCUGAAGCGAGACGUUCUCGCAAGGCUCACCAGUCGGGACCCUGCCGCAGCGUACACCGCUGGACAAUGGAUGACCGAGCGGCCUGGAGGUUCCGACGUAUCGCGCACAGAGACGGUGGCUGUACCAGAUACAGCCUCCCAGCACGACGAGUACGGACCCCGUUACAAACUCGAUGGCUUCAAGUGGUUUUCGUCGGCGACAGACAGCGAUGUCGCGCUUGCACUCGCGCGUACUGGCCGGCCAGAGGACGGCUCUCGUGGGCUGUCCCUCUUCCUGGUUCCCGUCCGCCUCCCGCUCGUUCGCGACCCCGGAGCUCCACGGCCGUCGGCCGUUACGAACAACAUAUUCAUUCACCGUCUCAAGAACAAAUUCGGCACCAAGAUCGUCCCGACGGCCGAGCUCUCCAUCAACGGCGCCCAAGCGUUCCUCCUUGGAGAACCCAACCAAGGCGUGAAGCUCAUCACGCCUGUCCUCAAUAUCACGCGCACCCAUUCCGCCGUCGGGUCUGUUGGGUACCUCCGCAAAUGCCUCGCGAUUGCGACCGCAUACUCGAGCGUGCGGAAAAUCCGCAGCGGGACGCAGCUGCUGAAGGACACGCCGUUGCAUGUGGCCGAACUGGCGAAGCUGCAUGUGUUGUAUCGGGCGCUGUUGCAGCUGACGUUCGGGUCAAUCGUGCUGUUGGGAAAGGCGGAGUGCGGGGUGGCGAGUGAGAGCGAGGGGCUGAGGCUGAGGUUGCUUACGCCUGCCAUCAAGGCGUUCACCGCCGAGAAGUGCGUGACCGCCAUGGAGGAGUGCAUGGCCUGCCUUGGAGGCGAAGGAUACAUGGAGGAGAAUGGAAUCGCCAAGUUGAUUCCAGACGGCAUCGUGGAGAAGAUUUGGGAGGGCACGAUCACCGUGCUCUCCCUCGACUUGGUCCGUGCGGCCGAGAAGUCAACUGCGAUGGAUGCAUUCGUGAAGUGGGCGCACGAGGUCCUGCAGUCGUGCUCCAGAUCGCUCUCCGAACCUCUGGGCGGUCCCUUAGCCUUCCUUCGCCUCGCCGUUGACGAGCUAGCGAAUGCCUAUAAGGGACCGAUCCACCCGCUUCUCCCCCGGCCCGCCUUGUUCCUCUUCUGCCAUGUCGCAUCAAGCCUCUAUCUGCUCGAGCAAGCCAUCUGGGCCGUCAAUGAAGGGGAGCCCGAGGCUCAGAACGACGUGGAGGUGUUCCGCCGUUGGGUUCUGGAGGGUGGCCUUGACACAGCCUUGGAGAACGUCCGCAGGACAAAGAAAUUGCAGAAGGACCGCGUUCAGUCCGACGUUGCGAUUGUCUACGGAUCAGGAGGUGGACGAACGGCGGCAAAAUUGUGAGCAUGGCCGUUCGGGUCUAAUGCCUCUUCAUACCGUCGUCUUCAAGCAAUUUAGCUUCCUCAAAACAAAAGACCAAUUGCAUAACAUACGUACGCGACAGCCUCUGUCUGCGAUUAUGUCCAAUGAAAGUUAUAUGCUUCUCUGUCGUAACUAUUAUACAAAACAUCGCGACAGCUUGAGUAGAGCUACAGUGUACAUCAUUUAUACAUCUUGUCGAUGUCGAAGACUCGCAAGGAUGAGUACUAUCUGAGCUAACCAGCGUAAGGCACGAUAUGACAGCCCAGAAGACCCCGCCCACCCCAUCCUCGUCUUGGGGUGAGCGUCAGCGUCACCCUUUGGUCGCCCGAUCGCAUGACCUCGAUCGCAAGUUGUUGGUUUUCUUGCGCGGAAACCAACUCUGCCAGUGGCUGCAAUGACGAAGAAGUGAAGGACGCCUUAGUAAGGGGCCCAAACGACAAAACGAGGUCGUCUCGCCGCAAUCCUGCUGAAGCAGCAGGGCUGCCGGGCGCAACGCCGUCCACCUUGGCGAAAGGCUCAGAGACAGUACCAGGAAGACUCGACGAGACGGGCUGUGGGGGUUGUUCCCUCGCGAGCGUGCUAGGAUCGAAGACAUUCUGCAGAGCAAGGCUGAUGUUGUUCAGUAGUGCAUUGCAAUCAUUCCUGAGCUCAAUGAUCUUGACGCGAGCAUGGCGAACGGCCCAGACGUCAAUGUCCGCCCGAGGGAAGCCUUCCGGGUCGACGAGCGGAGUGUCCAUGUUCACGCCAUUGCUCUGCAAAACAGAGAAUUGUGCCUCCAUCUCCUCCUCGAUCGCGUCCUUACGCGCCAUGAGGCCCCGUACAUGUUCCGCAGCUGGGUUAUUGUUCAUUCGCGGUGGUAGAGUGAAUCCCAUUACAGAUGGCGGGAAGGGAAGAGGUGAAAGAG